AUGCCUUCUCUCGAGUCGCUGCCAAAGGACGACCCCAGAUUGCUUCUGGUGUCCAACCGGCUGCCCAUUACCAUCAAGCGCUCAGACGAUGGCAAAUACGAUUCAUCGAUGUCGUCAGGCGGCCUGGUAAGCGGUCUGAGCGGCCUGUCGAAGACAACGCAGUUCCAGUGGUACGGCUGGCCUGGCCUUGAGAUACCUGAAGAUGAGAUCGAAAUGGUCACCAACAGAUUAAAGGAGGAUUACAAUGCAGUUCCUGUUUUCAUUGAUGACGAGCUUGCUGAUAGGCACUAUAAUGGCUUUUCCAACUCCAUUCUGUGGCCGCUGUUCCAUUACCACCCGGGCGAAAUAACAUUUGAUGAGUCCGCAUGGAAUGCAUACCGGGACGCCAAUCGUCUCUUCGCCAAGGCCAUUGCGAAAGACGUGAGGGAUGGGGAUUUGGUAUGGGUUCACGACUACCACUUAAUGCUGCUGCCUUCAAUGUUGCGCGAAGAAAUCGGAGAAAGCAAGUCCAAUGUCAAAAUUGGGUUCUUUCUUCACACACCGUUUCCGAGCAGCGAGAUAUAUCGUAUAUUACCGGUUCGGAAUGAGCUUCUCCUCGGAGUUCUUCAUUGCGAUUUAAUUGGAUUUCACACAUACGACUAUGCAAGGCAUUUCUUGAGCAGCUGUUCUCGGAUACUGGGUUUAUCUACGACGCCUAAUGGCGUGGAGUUUCAGGGCAAGAUGGUAUCAGUCGGCGCAUUUCCCAUUGGUAUUGAUCCCGAUAAAUUCUCUGAAGGCCUUCAAAAGGAGAAGGUACAAAAGCGAAUUGCUCAAUUGGAACAGAAAUUCCAAGGGGUUAAAUUGAUGGUUGGAGUCGACAGACUUGACUAUAUCAAGGGUGUCCCUCAGAAGUUGCACGCCCUGGAGGUGUUUCUUACUGAUCACCCCGAGUGGAUCGGCAAAGUGGUUCUAGUACAAGUUGCUGUUCCAAGCAGACAGGACGUUGAAGAGUACCAGAACUUGAGAGCUGUUGUCAAUGAGUUAGUUGGAAGAAUCAAUGGGAAAUUUGGCACGGUUGAAUUUAUGCCGAUUCACUUCAUGCAUAAGUCCGUCAACUUUGAUGAACUGAUUGCACUAUAUGCCGUGUCCGAUGCCUGCAUCGUCUCCUCGACGAGGGAUGGUAUGAAUCUUGUGUCAUACGAGUAUAUUGCCACACAAAAAAAGCGUCAUGGCGUUUUAGUUCUAUCUGAAUUUGCUGGCGCUGCACAAAGUCUCAACGGCAGUAUCAUUGUAAAUCCCUGGAACACAGAGGAGCUCGCUGCAGCCUAUCAAGAGGCCGUGACAAUGAGUGAUGAGCAGAGAGCUCUGAACUACUCUAAGCUAGAGAAAUAUGUUCACAAAUUUACUAGCGCCUUUUGGGGCCAAUCCUUUGUUUCAGAAUUGACCAGAAUAUCCGUUCAUGGAGAAAAGAAACUCCUAUUACGACGAUCCUCGCUAACCGCCAAUGCUGAGGCAAAUGCCAUGGACUCCAGCAUAGGCUCCUAG